AUGGCAUCACCACCUGGCGCUCAGCCGCCGCGAAAGAACCCAUACAUGUCAUUCGCAAACGAUCCUAACGAUCCUCGCGACCGCCGCCAAGGAAAGCGCAAACAGAAAAAUCCGGCGCCUUCCACACCUGCUGUCGUUCUCCCAGGCACUUAUGAUCCAACUCCUCUGAUGCCACAAGAUCGUGGACUCGGAUUUGAUACCUACAAAUCCAGAGAAGAGAUAGCCCGGGAGAGUACUCAAACUCUGGCUACUCAGACAACUUCUGAACCAAAGCGCGGUCACCGCAACCCCUGGGGUACAGACAAUCCUGAAGACUACGAAAGCGACAACAUACCGAGUGAGAUCGAUUUCACCAGCGACUACGAGGACGACGACGACCCCUGGAAAAUGGAGUCUGCAGGAGACAAGCGCAAGCGUGGUGAUCCAACCAAGGACGCCGAGAAACCUGCUAAGAAACAUUCUCUCGGACCUGCUUCAACUGCCGCCCAGUCAAAGCCAAAGUGGCCCCCCUAUCCUGACACUGUCACAGGAGCCCGGCCAGCUGAUCGAAUGCUGUGGAUCUGGAGACUAGAAGGCAAGAGCUAUGAGGCGAUCUCGAAGAAAUACAAGGAACUCAGCGGUGAAUAUCGGGACGACAAUGCCAUGGUUACGCGUUUCAAGGGCAUGAUGGAGCAUUUCUCGCGUAAUGGCGCUCAGGACCACAUCCAAUUCAUCAAGCACAAGCUGGCUGCGGACAAAGAAGUCGAUGCAGAGUUGUGGAGGGCCGUCCGCCGUCGUUUCGAGGAAGAUGGAGAGAAGAAUGUCUCGGUGCGUGCUCUCAAGAAGCACUGGUCAAGCAUUCCGCCUGUGGGCUGGGAUGUUAUGCCUCCGGUGGCCAAGGUGGAAAUCAAAGAGAAGGCCGAUCAAGGCGGAUUGGCAGAUAUGGACGAUGCAUUCUUCGAUGCCAUCGCGAAGAAGACCCCUGCUCCUGGUGGAAUGCUCGUGGGCUAUGAGAGCGAUUGA